AUGGGGUGUAAAUUUAGUAAGGUGAAAAAUGAAAGAAGGAAAAAAGAAAAUCAAGAAGACACAGUCAACAGCGACGCCAACAACGAUGUGUUGAAGAUAUGUAGGAAGGCGAAGGGAAAGCCCAACACGUAUAGGAGUGAGAAAAGGGAUAGUUGUAAAGAUAGACGGAACGGUGUGUCCAGCAAUGCAUCCGCUAUAAGGUGGGUCGCCAGUAGUGAUCCUGAAAAUGAAAAGAGGGACUGUGACUACGUCUACCCGCGUGAUGGUAGUAAGGAUGUUUUCCCCUCAAUGGGCUACAAAGAUAGAGAGAGGAAAAAAAACGAACGGGUGGAAAAAGGAAUGGGAAACGAGAGGAAUAAUGAACAAGACAGCAGAUUUGAAGCGCACCGGGGAGAUGGCAACAUGCGAAAGGGAAAAAUGAGAAGAUCGCCCAAAGGGGCCAAAAUGAGAGGGAACCAAAUUUCACGGAUCGAAAACAACAUUGAUAACAACUCCUUUACGGGAAUAAUAAAAACGAUCAAUAAUACAAUAAUAAGGACAGAGUCCACAGCGCGAGACGGAAAAGAAAAGGGAGAGUCUCCAUCCCCUGUGGAGAAGAAAACCCUGUUUAAAAAAAAAAAAAUUAAAUUUUUGUACAAAACGAGGGAAGGUAAAAUAUGCACCAAGGAAGGGCAAAAUGAAGAUCCAUAUGUUCCUCUGAAUGAAUCCAUGGUGGCACAGGGGAAGAGAAAAAAAACAAAGGAAAGCUACAACUGCCUGGGUAGCAAAAAAAAAGAAGAACAGCUAAUGAGGGCUAUCAAAAAGAAUAAAGAACAGUUACUCUACUAUCACGAUUUUAAAAGUAUGAUUUUGAGAAAAAACACCUUCCUGCAUAUUUAUGAAUUUUACAAAUUUAAUUCAAACGUGUUUAAUUUGUUUUCCCUAAUGCCAAGCCACCUGUCGGAGAAUGUUCAUGCAUCCAAAAUUCUGUUUGAGAGCUCCCUGAUAGGGAAUUAUAUAAUACUGCCAUGGAUUGAGAAUGACCCCGACAUAAAGAACAAUUCGUAUGUCAAACAUGUGAAACUUUUUUCGGGAAAGAAAAAGAAGAUCGAGAGGGAUGGCGCAGAGGACCCGCGUGGCAAGGAAGUCAACUUCUGUGGAUUCUUCAACAACAAUUAUGACCACAGGGGGGAUGGCAGCAGGGGGAGCGGCGGAAACGGUGAGAACGGCAAAGAGGGCCGCAACCGCAGAAGUCGUCUUAACAAUCGCAACGACAAUGCCGGUGCGGAGAAAAAGACAAACAGGAGUGAAGACGAGCACACGCAGAACGGCAACGCACUCCACGAUAAACACACAUCGAAAAAUACUUCUAGACCUGUUUUAAAGAAAAAACUACGAUUGUGCAAUAGAAACACAGAGAGGGAGAAAAAGUACGUUAGUAACAGAAACUUCAGCAUGGAUAACUUAUUUAAGCUGCACCUUAGGAAGACCUCUACCGCACCUGCCAAGAAGCGGAGGCAUACGAAAGAAGUUGUUGGUAUGCCAAACGGGGGAGCAAAAAGGGGUGCUAUUAAUGAGAAAGAGGCGCAAGGUAGAAAAGUUGCCACGAAUCGAGAGAAGCCAAAGAAAAUUGAGGCUGCCGACGAAGGGAAGAGAGCAUCGUUAAAGGGCAGGGAAAGAAAAAGAGAUCAAACGAAAAAGCAAAAUGGUGUAACCUUGCAAGCGGAAAAUUCGAUCUCGUUAGGGAACAAAACUAUGGCUCAAAAAGAUGCGGCAAAUUGCGCCACAAAAUACGUGAGAAACCGCUCCAUAAAUAGGGUUGCAAUGCGGAACGGACAGAAGGGCAAAGACGAAGGACCCAUUCGACAUAACGCCAAAGGCAUGGAAAAUAAACAGACGGAUAAAGAAAAGAGGAAUCAUAAUAAUCCGCUCAGUGCCCAAAUGACAAGCACGAGUAACAACCAUGAGGAAUCCAUAGGACAUGGAGAAAGGGAAGCGCUUGUGAGAAGGGAGGCAAAGAGAAAAAGCGAAACGAAAAAAAAAUAUAACUCUCAGGAGGAGGAGAAGAAGAAGGGAGAGAAUUCCACACAUGUGAAGAGGGGGGAAAAGGGAGAAUCCGGCCUGCAUUCCGAUCUGCACUCCAAUUUGCAGUCCGUUUUUCCAAACAACGUAACAGUAGCGAUGAAUGGAAGAAACAUCGAAUCGAGAGUAGACACGGAGAAGGAAGGGAACAGGAAGAAAAAAGAAACGGAUGGAAAGAAAUGCAACAAGAAUGCAGUUCGAAUUAGCAUGGCAGAAAAUCAAAUGAACGGAAUAGAUCGCCACGUGGGAAAAAAAGGAGCAAAGGAAGAAGGAAACCCCAGGAGUAGCAAUAAUGAUAGAGGACCCCACGAUGGGGGGCACACCCUCAGGAGAGAAGAAAAAGAGAAUUACACGGCACAUGGAAACGAGAGCAACACAAAUUGCAACGAAAAAGUGAUGAGACGAGUUAAGAGACAAGUAGAAUGUCAUGAGAUGCUUUACCAUGGCAUGCCCCUUGGAAGCAGGAAUCAAAGUAGUAAAGAUGGGAGGGGCGUACAGAUGGAGGAUCCUAAGUCAAGAUACAAACUGGGUAGCGAUAAUAACACAAAAAAUGACAAAGUUGAAUCCGAAAAAAGAACACAUCUGAUUAGCAACAAAUUAGGAGAGCGAGAAUAUCUCAGGGAAGAAAAAAUGACACAAGAGAUUUGCGAACAUAAGUAUGGACUAAAUGAAAGUUCGAUAAAGAAAAAUUAUCUCAUAUGCAGAAAGUGUCACAAGAAGAGAUGCAUAUAUCAUUACGUGAAUUCUUUUAAGCUGUACGGAUGGGUAGAUUACAAAUGGACCGAUCCUGAUGGGUACUUAGAAUUAAGUGUAAGACAGAAGAAAAAAUUCGAUUGCUGGAAAAGACUCUCCGAAUUGUAUAGCAACCCUAUUGUUAUGUCAACAGAUUUGUAUAAUAGUUGUAUAAGGCAAGGAUUUGUGGCUGAUUGUUCCUUUUUAUCUUCUUUAACUGUUCUGAUUGAAUAUGAGAGAAAGCACAAAGUUCCCGUUCUCUCAAAUAUCAUUUCUCCCUGCACAGCUAACUAUGUCCAUGUAAAUAAGACUUGGCCAAUUUUCAAUCCAUGUGGAAUGUAUAUCUGUCGAUUGCACUGUAAUGGAAUUCAAAGAAAAAUCAUCAUCGAUGAUUAUGUGCCUGUGAAGAGUAACAAUUCUUUGCUAGUUGCUUAUUCGAAUAAUCAGAAAGAGCUUUGGGUUACUCUGCUUGAGAAAGCCUUUGUCAAACUGAUGGGUGGUUCCUACUCCAUGUAUGGGUCCAACCCUGGCUCUGAUUUGUAUUACUUGACUGGUUGGAUCCCUGUGACCAUUUCGUUGAAGUCGAAGAUAAGUAACUUUCCUCCGUCGCUCGAUCGCCUCACGGCGCACACCGCGGUGAAUCAGGUCUCCGCUUCAUCUUUGGAUGCUUGUGAUGGCUCCCUGGUGUGGAAGCACCCCCCGAGGGAGAAGCCCAAAGGUCGAUGUGUUGUACGAGGCGCGACGGGCUGGGAAACUCACCCACUUCGAAGAUGUGUGAAAAAGGAGGAGAGAAAAAAUGUGAUAAAUCGGAAGCGCAGUCUAUACAACGGCGUUGGAGACGGCCAGAAUAGAGCGACACGCUGUGCAGGUGGUCAAGUAUAUUUGAGAAGGGGGAGGACUCACCCGCCGUACGACUUCCCCGUGGGAGCCAAUUUAAGCAUCCACAGAUUGGGCACAAAUAGGAACUGCCACCCAGCGCGUGCUGAUUGGUCAAAGUGGGGAAAGCUGAAGGUGUAUUGGACCCUGCGCCAUUUGUAUGCAACGGAGAAGCGAAAGGAGGAACGGUGGCAUGGGAAGGAAAAAUCGUCCAACACAGAGCAACGGCCCCAGUGCACCGUUAAAAGGGUAAGCGGUGCUAGUGGAACGGCGGCCAAGGAGACACAACGGAAGAGGACCCCGAUGGAGGGAAAUCAUCCCCCGCGUGGCCCCUUCCCGAGGAGCAAGAAAAUCACACGCUGCGUAGCGAACAGAGAUGGUGUAAAGGACCCACCGAAGGGAGCCAUCCCUGACUGGGAAGUUAAAAUAAGACAUGAGAACCAAUUUCUGUGCGAACCAGUGAGUAACAUGGAUCUGUCUUCUUAUGUGUGCGGGUCUAUCGAUCAGUACAGCUAUUUAAAUCAGAAAGAGGAGAGGUCCGUUUUGAUGGACGACGAGUAUGAAGAAUAUGAUGAGAAGUGGGACAUCAUAUGGAAUAAUAUUUACGACGGAAUAAAAAGAGGGAAAUGUGUAGUCUGUUUGGGUACCCUAGAAUUAAAGGACGCUGCCCCGUCAGGGUUGGACUAUCCAGAAGGGGUUUCCCUCUCAACUGGAAUUGUAACGAGGCACGCUUACUCCAUUUUGAACAUCGAAACGUAUAAGGGGGAUAAACUACUGUACAUAAAGAACCCGUGGGGAUGCAUCCGGUGGAAGGGGAAGUACUCUCAUCAUGACGAGACGACGUGGACAAAGGAAGUGCAAAAGAAGUUAAACUAUUCUAUUGAGAAAGCGAAAGGGAAAGACGAUGGUUGUUUUUGGAUCCCCUGGAAAGAUGUCGUGAAAUAUUUUUCGCACAUAUAUAUUUGCUGGAAUAGUGUUAUCUUCCCAUACCAGUUUGAAAUUCACACCAAAUGGGAAAACAGCACGUAUUUGAAUAACUCCAUUUUGCAAGACGACACGCAUCUGGUGGCUUACAACCCUCAGUUUGCUCUACACGUGAAUGUGAAGAAACAAGAUUUGUCCGAAGAUGGUUUACGCUAUAUAGGGAAGAAUCCCAUAGAAAUAUGGAUUCUUCUGUCGAAACACGUGAGGGAGAGGAAAGGAGACGCUUCGCAGAAGUACCUGGCGUUGCAUAUCCAUUCAGGAAGGGACCGAAUUAUUUGUCCCUUGUUUCCGAUUAAGCAAGGAAUAUACUCCAAUGGUGAAUGUACCUUCACCAAAUUGGUCAUCGGAGGUGAAGAUGAAUGUAUCAAUAACUACCUUGUGGAAAAGAGCUCCUCGAAGAGGAAGGACCCUUCUGAUGAACCCCAGGGUGGUAAUGCAGAUAAUACGGCCGGAGGACCCCCGCACAGCAAUAAUAAUGACAGCGUAAACGUAAACUCCUCGGGAGAGAAUCAGCAGGAGAUUUUAAGAAUCGUCGAUUUUGUCCUAAUCGUCUCGCAGUACUCACAGAAAGAAGAAUUUAACUUUACGCUGAAGGUAUUUAGUCACACGCAUCUGUCCAUAUAUGAGUUACCACCAAUGCUACCAAAGAAUUACGCGUCUCUUUAUUUCAAAGGACAGUGGACAAGUAAAUCUGCAGGAGGGUGCUCCAACAAUUUGUGGUCAUACUUCAGAAACCCACACAUACGUUUCUACGUCCCGGAAGAUUCCACAUUUUGUAUUUUUCUCGAGUGCUCACAAGAACAUUCCGUUAAUUUGAGAAUAUUCAAAGGUAUCACAUCAUCCCCGAGGAGUUUAAAAAAAGGAGAAAUUAUAUCCAGUGGGGCAUACAAAGCUGGUUGCUGCUACAUUGAAUGUACGCUGGAGAGUGGGAUUUAUUGCCUCAUUCCUUCUUUAUAUAGAGCCAACGUUACAGGAGAUUAUCAAAUAUGCAUUCAUUACCCUAAGUCCAAGCAGAAGCCACUCCUUCAUUUUAUUCCCUACUCUUAUGUCGUUCCUCCGCUUCCCUUUUUUAAAUACAAACUAGAACAUUUAUAUUCUUUAAAAAAUUAUUCAGUCAUUUUGUUUCACUCCUUAUCCGUCACUCUGCUUUCACUUAGAGUUACGUUCUUUCAACAUAUGAAUAUUAAGGGAAUUCCCUUCGUCAAUAUUUACAAGCUUGUUGGGAGUACAGAUUCCUAUGUGGACGAUUUGGAGGCUGGAAAUGUUAUGAAGAAUAAUUUAUUCAAUUCGCACAUUUCGCAUAACAGAUAUGUGUACAAGAUUGUUCAGAAAUGCAACAUCCAUGGUGGACCGGGCUAUGACAUCCUGCCCCUUUCUACUUGUGCCUACGAUUAUUAUAUUAAGUUCAAUUCUGUGUUGAUUCCGCUGGUACAGCUGGAGAAUGAACAUACUUCGUACUUACUGCUCAUCACGACGAAUAUAAAGGAGGACAUUCUUUAUAACCACCAGGUUCACUUUGUCUCAGAGAAGCAGCUUUCCGUGGACACAUGUUACCCGGUGCAGUCCUAA